AUGCCCCAAGAUCCAGCCGCCGCUCUCAGCUCAUUGCUGCGUGGUGCAUCGAUUGACGACCACGACGAGGUCCUCAAGGCCGCCAACCUCGCAAUAAAGGCCGACACGAGCGACCUCCUCGCCAGGCACAGCAAACUUGUUGCUCUGCUCAAGCUCGACCGAUUUGACGAUGCCGUGCGAUUCCUUGCCGAGAGCGGCUCUACGCUUGAAUCCAAGUGCGUUAUAGAGAAGGUUUAUGCUCUUUACAAAUCGGGAGAACUGGAAGAAGCCACAGCGACAUUGAACAAGGCUGGCCUGCGCCAGCGUAGCCUGCAACAUAUCGCCGCCCAGGUCGCCUACAGGGCUGAGAGAUUCGGCGAAGCCGGCCAAAUCUACGAACAAUUGCUAGAUGGCGAUGCGGGUGAAGAGGAAAACGAUCUCAACAUCAAUCUCAAGGCGGUGCACGCGCAGGCCGAAUGGAGCGGCCUGUCUGCCCCGUCUGAGCCGCUUCGCAGCAUGCCCGAUUCUUUCGAGCUGUGUUACAAUAUUGCCUGCGCCAGCAUCGCAAGAGGUGAGCUUGGCGAGGCAAGCAAGUUACUUCAACGCGCAGCCAUGCUCUGUAAGGCAUCUGACGACCUGGGAGAAGAGGAUAAAGAAGCAGAGCUGCGGCCUAUCUGGCUCCAGCAAGCUUACGUUUAUGCUCGGGAUGGAAAACUAAAGGAGGCGCUUGAACUCUACAGUUCGAUAGGGUCAUUAAGCGACGACGAGGAAGACUUUAUCGUUGUUGCCCGACAGAAUCGCCUCUCGAUUGAAGCAAAGCCGACAAACCCGUACCUUCUACACAGGAAAAUGGGUGCUGGAGGUGUCAAGGCAGAAAAUGCCAAGCUUUUCAGCUACCAGUCGAGCCGCGAGCGCCAAAAUUCAUAUCUGCUCGACCUAGAUGUGCAUAAAGCAAGCGGCGUUCAGGAAAAGACGCACACGUUUCUUCAGCAGUCAGAACAGCCGACAAACAGUGCUAGCAUCAAUGCCAUGGCCGUCGUGAAUGCGGCCGCUGUGGCCGAUGGACUCGAUGACAGAGCCGCUGUUCGAAAGCUACAGGCUCUUGCGGCUAAGCGACCUUUGGAUGUCGGUCUUCUUCUCACCAUCGUGCAGCUUCAGCUCCGCCUCAGCCGCAAGGGAGCAGCACUAUCGCUCCUCCAAGCCUUCUUUAGUCGCCUGGAGAAAGAAGGCACGGAUACGGCAAGAGACGUUCGCUUCAGCCCCGGUCUCGUUGCACUGGCGGUGUCCUUGAUGCGCGCGCAGGGACACGAGAACUCUGCCAAAGCUGAGUUUGUCACUGCCGCCAAGCACUGGACGAAACGUCCUACCGCAUCCUCAGACUCCUUGUUGAGAGAAUCUGGCAUCGAACUUAUGCGCUCGUCGAACCCCGAAGACCUGAAAUUGGCAGGAUCAGCAUUCGAGAAGCUUUUCACAGAGCAUAAGGGCUCCCACAUUGCCUCUGCUGGUCUCGUUGCGUCGCUUGCUGCCGUGGACACGGAUAAGACUAGCCAGCACAUGUCUGAGCUUCCUUCCGUAGAGUCCCUCGUCAAGGGAAUCAACGUGAAGAGUCUGCUUCAAGCGGGUGUCGUGGCUGCCCCAAGUCGGUUCAACACGAAGAAGCGUGCCGCGGCCGACACCGCGGAGAAGCUGACUACAAAGCGCCGUCGACGCCGCCUACCAAAGAGCUACGAAGAGGGUAAAGCCCUUGACCCCGAGCGCUGGUUGCCUCUGCGAGACCGCUCAUCGUACCGACCGAAGAAUAAGAAGGGCAAGAAGAAGGCCGCCGAGUCGACGCAGGGAGGCGUCGUGAAGGAGGAGGAGACGCUGGGACUCGUUGGCGGUGGCGGCGUCAAGGUUGAGAAAUCUGGUGGUGGUGGAGGCGGUAGUGCGGCCAAGAAGAAGAAGAAGGGCAAGAAAUGA